AUGGAUGUGGACCCCUCUGUAACGACAGCUAACAAGCUUGACAUGUCACUAGACGACCUUGGAAAGGCUAUGAAAAGUCGCAAGGUGAAGAAUGGAAGGAACUUUAAGGGAUUCUCACGUCGAAAUAGAACCUCCCAACCGAGGUCUAGAAGGUCCUUUUUCCGCGGUAGCAGAAGGUUUGGAGACAGACCCGAGCCUUUUAGAAGACGAAGAAGAGAAACUAAAUACAUCGUUCGAGUAUCGAACCUCGAUCACAGCGUUAUGAAGGAAGAUCUCAUGGAGUUGUUCAGCUCCGUCGGAGAUGUAGUCAAAGUUUGGGUCGAUUAUGAUAAUACUGACAGGUCCAAGGGCACUGGAGGUUGUAUCUACAAAUUCACAGAUGACGCCAAAAAGGCCAUUUCAAAGUUUAAUGGAACUGUAAUUGAGGGAAAAGCUGUUGAGAUGUAUGGGGAAGUGUUCAAUAGGGAACGUCGACCAUUCUUGCCUAGGGAACGCUUCGGCCUGAGAACCAGCAGGUUCUCUAGACCCAGAGGACAAAGAAGAAAUUUUAAAAAAACACCUUGGUAA